ACACUCUCUCUUCCAUCUCCACGCAAACAUACAUCUCGUCCACCAUGGCCCCGUCGUCAUACAUCGCUUCAACCAGACCGACAUCUCUGCAGAGUCUCCUCGACACAUCAACGUCCAAGAACGGCACACCGUCGCUGGAUCUCAGAUGGGAACCGUUUCAGCAACACGUCGAAAACUUCUUGACAGCCAUCGAUGCGUAUACCCAAUCCGCCAGGACAGAAAUCGUAGCUCGAGCAACCGAUCACUAUGCUACCGUGCGCGAUAAGAAGGCAGAAAUGGAGGAAACGGAAAAGAGAAUCCAGCUGGAGAGGGAGAAGGAAGGAGACAUGUUGGCGACUCUCGAGUCCGAAAGACAUGUCCUGGCCGACCUCAACUCUUCACUAUCACAUCUGCAGAAUAGCUUGGCCAAGACAAAAGAGCAAUCAUCAUCUCUCGAGGCGGAACUGAAGGCUCUCAGGACAGAAGUCAGAUCGGAAGAGACCGAGAAAGAGAGGCAGAAGAAAAUGCUGAAUGAUAUGAGGAACAGGGAUACUGUGGAACUGAAACAGAUGGAGGAGGCGCUAGGAUGGAAAGUGGAAGGCAUCAAGGCUGAUCAGCUACUCAUGCGAUUCUACCUGAUCGACCCCGAUGAUCCUGCUAGGGAAUUCUCAUUCAUCGUCGAUGUUGCAAAACAAGACUAUACAGUGCCCAACUGUGACCCUCCCAUCCCGACUCUGCCCCAACUCGUGCGGCAGCUCAACGAGGAUCGAGAUCUCUUCUCUUUCAUCAAGAAAGUCCGCAAAGCUUUCCGUGCGCUCAUCCCCAACCCACCAAAUCCAUCCACCAAAUUUGAUGACCUCUCUGGUCCUGGGCUCGGCCUUCGUACACCAGGGCGUAGCCAGAGAACAUUGUCCUCUACAACACCGGCGGCUGCUAGAGAUGUGACCGAGGGGUCGGCUCUAGAUCAUUUGACCCUGGGAAAGUGAUGGGAAGUGUAGCCAACCUGUUCGGUGUACCUGUAUAGUUUUGUUUUCGGGCUUAGAUGUUUCUUUCCUCGCCUUAUAUUUCUUGACGACCAUGGUCAAUGCACGUUGUAUAGUAGUUACAAAAUGAGGUCUUGAUAAACAUCGAUCAAGCAUCGCAUCAAUCCAUGAGCUUCUGCGCUGGACUUGUUGUGGUCCUUUUCGUUCAACUAUCCGCUACUUCUACAAACCAUAGGCACAUAAACACAAUCUACCAG